AAAUGGAUAUUUUACACGCAUUUCUGUUGGGGCUGCAGGACAGUCUAGUAAGUGGGGGCAAGACUGUAAAACUACUGAAACAAGAUCCAGAAAUCAGAUCCAAGCUGCUGCAAUGUUUCAUGCUGAACGGUGUCGUUUUCAUGUUCUCUCUGCUCUUCUUUGACUGGGUGAUAGUGCCGAUAGUGCUGCUGGUAGCACCUAGCGAAACCUCGCACCUGGUAGACAUGAUACUGACAGCAGUGUUCCGGGUACUCUGGGUGCUGCCUCUCUAUCUUAUCAGCAGACUGUUGAACGUGUUCUGGUAUCAGGAGAUAGCUGACCUGGUCUACAAAUCAGUCAGGCGCUCACGGUCCCGCUCACCUGCCUCCUCUGUUUCAGAGCUCAUUGCGGAUAUCAUAUACAGCGUUAUUGUACAGUGUGUGUUCUUGGUACAGGCCAGUUUGACUGGUCUGAUUCCAGUUGUCGGUUACCCGAUGCAGGUUGUUCACAUGGCGCUGGUUUACUCUCUCUACGCUUUUGAGUACGUUUGGAUGAACCAGGGACACGGGGUAGUGCUGCGCAUUGCGCACAUGCACUACAACUGGGCCUACUUUGCAGGGUACGGCAUGAUAAUGUCAGUGGUGAUAUCGUGUGCUGACUCCUACUUUGUGGGCGUGUGCCUCUUCUCCCUGAUGUUCCCAGUUCUUAUCGUCAGUUCUCAUCACUCCUCACCCCAAUCCAGAGUCAAGUGUUUUCCUCUCCCUCUCUUUAAGCCCAGUAUAUGGGUCACUGAGCGGGUCAUGAGCUUCACUAAUCGUAGAUAAAACAUCUCAGAGGUCCGAACUUCCUGGCACGCAUUAAUUUGUGGAAUAUGAUUACUUACGUUUGUGGAUCCGCCUCACCGACCACCGUGUGCUUGGUUACUUACAAGUACGGUGUAAUUAAUUAAUUGUUCAUAAUUAUAAAAUUCUCGAUUCUCAGAAUUUUUUUAGUUGACCUGGAAGAAACACGUUUCCGUUUUUAAUUUUUGCUUUUGAAGAACGAUUUCUUUCAGUGUAGAAGAUUAGAUUGUCGAGUGCAUGUCACAGAAUAAUAGAACAGAUUUGAAAAUACAUUGACACUUUGUCAGAAAUCAUCUGACAUCGUUUAAACCAAACAAAUAUAUUCUGUCAUUGUGCUUUUUUCUUUAAAAACAUGCACAUUGACUUUAUUUUAAACGAUAUUACUUUCAUUGUUUUGAGUAGUCUUUCGUAGUAGGAAGGGCGUAGUUUUGUCUCUUCGAAAAGAAAGGUUUGACGUAACCCAGCGUCACUCAUUUCUUAAUUCUACGUCUGACAUUUUGUAAUACUACACAUAUUUCUCUUUUUUUCCCUGUGUGUGUGCAGUAUUGAGUAUGAUACCAUGGAUAAUUUACAUGUCUUUGUUGUUAAUUUUAAUAUAUUCCGGGGUUUCACGAUUUUGUUAUGUUUGGUUUAUUUGUUUUUAUCAUUUUUAAACCGUGCCUCUGUAUAUUGUUUGCUAUUAAGAAUAUAAAAAAAGUAAAUGUAAUUGUAUUAAUUUGUUAAAUAAUAUGAUCUUACCGUUAUAAUUAUAUAGUUAAUCCUAAUUUUAAUUGACUGAUAUUUUUGUCAUGAUUAGUGUUGUUCUUGAGCAUGCUCCCGUAAAAUUACAAAGUAAACAAUAUUAUAAGUUACUGAUGAUUGUUAGCUUGACUACAAGGAAGUUAAAUCUUGAUACGAUAGUUCAGUUAUUGGCACAUCUUCUUGCAUUGUGUACUAUGAUAACAGUAUUUUAUAAUGUGAACAACACCUGCAAUCUACAUUUACCUUGUGUUCACAUUUUAGAUCGUUUUAACACCGAAAGAUGUGAGUGUUUGUUAGACUAUUCUCUCAGCUGAACAAUACACAGUUAUUAUACAUCCAAUAUUGAGGUUAUAAUAACUCACAAGGCAGUGUCCACGCGCAACUGUGUAGUGCAGUGGUUGUUAUGUGUAAAAUUUUGCAAAUCAAAUUAAUGUAAUUCUACAGGGUUACCUUAACAGUGUUAAGGUGCCCUAAUCUUGUUUAAAAUGUUA